CCCUCCUGCGCCCUGCCCUCUCCUUUCUCCCUCUCAGAACCUUCCUUCCUCCGCGUUCGGACCUCGCUGCUCCAGCCUCCGGGGCACUCCCAUACUCCUAGCCUGUGACCAGCAGCAGAGAAGAAAAUUACAUAUUUUCUUGCCCCGUACACAGCUUGAGGCGAGCAAAAAAAUUUUAAUUUGAACUAUGAGGGAAAUCGUGCACAUCCAGGCUGGCCAGUGUGGCAACCAGAUCGGUGCCAAGUUCUGGGAGGUGAUCAGUGAUGAACAUGGCAUCGACCCCACUGGUACCUACCACGGAGACAGUGACCUGCAGUUGGAUCGCAUCUCCGUGUAUUACAAUGAAGCCACAGGUGGAAAAUAUGUUCCUCGUGCUAUUUUGGUGGAUCUAGAACCCGGGACCAUGGACUCUGUUCGCUCAGGUCCUUUUGGCCAGAUCUUCAGACCAGACAACUUUGUUUUUGGUCAGUCUGGGGCAGGCAACAACUGGGCCAAGGGCCACUAUACAGAGGGUGCGGAGCUGGUUGACUCGGUCCUGGAUGUGGUGCGAAAGGAGGCUGAGAGCUGUGACUGCCUGCAGGGCUUCCAGCUGACCCAUUCACUAGGUGGGGGCACAGGCUCUGGAAUGGGCACCUUGCUCAUCAGCAAGAUCCGUGAAGAAUAUCCUGACCGCAUCAUGAACACCUUCAGUGUGGUGCCCUCACCCAAAGUGUCUGACACCGUGGUUGAGCCCUACAACGCCACCCUGUCUGUCCAUCAAUUGGUAGAGAAUACCGAUGAGACCUACUGCAUUGAUAAUGAGGCCCUUUACGACAUCUGCUUCCGCACCCUCAAGCUGACAACACCAACCUAUGGUGACCUGAACCACCUUGUCUCAGCCACCAUGAGUGGUGUCACCACCUGCCUCCGCUUUCCUGGCCAGCUCAAUGCUGACCUCCGCAAGCUGGCAGUCAACAUGGUGCCCUUUCCCCGCCUCCACUUCUUUAUGCCUGGCUUUGCCCCCCUAACCAGCCGUGGAAGCCAGCAGUAUCGGGCCCUCACUGUGCCUGAACUCACCCAGCAGGUAUUUGAUGCCAAGAACAUGAUGGCUGCCUGUGACCCCCGCCAUGGCCGGUACCUCACCGUGGCUGCUGUCUUCCGUGGACGGAUGUCCAUGAAGGAGGUAGAUGAGCAGAUGCUCAACGUGCAAAACAAGAAUAGCAGCUAUUUUGUGGAAUGGAUCCCCAACAAUGUCAAGACAGCUGUCUGUGAUAUCCCACCCCGUGGCCUGAAGAUGGCCGUUACCUUCAUUGGCAACAGCACGGCUAUCCAGGAGCUGUUCAAGCGCAUCUCAGAGCAGUUCACGGCCAUGUUCCGGCGCAAGGCCUUCCUGCACUGGUACACAGGUGAGGGCAUGGACGAAAUGGAGUUCACCGAGGCUGAGAGCAACAUGAACGACCUCGUCUCUGAGUACCAGCAGUACCAGGACGCCACUGCAGAAGAGGAGGAAGAUUUCGGUGAGGAGGCCGAAGAGGAAGCCUAAAGCCAAGCCCCAUCACUCAGGCUUCUCAGUUCCCUCAGCCUUCAGCUGCCCCUUUUCUCCCUAAGAAUUUGCAUUUUCUUUCUUUUUUUCUUUUAGGGGGGGUUCUAAAUCAGUGCCUGGCACAUAACAGGUGUUCAAUAAAUAUUCGUUGUUUGUUGAAUGUCUCCUCUCUUUCCACUUUGGGAAACCUUGUAUUUCCUUCUGGUGCCCAUUUCUCCCAUCUGUCCAGUUAAUAUUUCCCUCUUUGUUUUCAAGAUAAUUCCCCAAGAAGCUGAGUCUCAUCCAGAUCACAUUUAGAGCCAUGUGCUGAAAACCCAGAUGGAUGGUCCAUGUGGUAAGGGAAAAGGAAACCCCCUUGACUAGCAGGGAGAAGUCCCUACAAGGAAGGGGUAGGGUUUCCCAUCUAGAGCAGUUUUAGUGGGAUCCAUGCUAGGAUCCAAAGCCCUAGUUUCCAGGUAUUGCUCCUCAGCUUUGGAGGAGGUGUUAACAGUAUUAUCUUCAUUUUCAGUCUCCCUCUAAGCUCUAGACCUGUUUGUAGGGGUCUACCCCACUCUGUCAAGUGGAAGCCUUCCCCCUUCCACUUUCCCUCUAACAUUGGAUCCCUUCCUUUGGUUGUAGAAGGGGGUUAAGUGGGGAGAGAGACUAUCCUGGUCCCUAAGCCUCCAGAAAGGCCCUAGCCCCACCUUUUCUUAGCCCCAAAAAGGAAAAUCAGUCUUGUAUGUGUAUGGGAAAGUGUGUACUGCCAUCUAAAUGUCUGAGUCAUCCCCCAGGGGGGACUGGAUACCAUCUUUUGGCGACAUCCCAUCUCUUUUGCUAUUGCUUUUUCUUCCCCUCUUUGAUUUUUGUCCAAUCCUACACUUCAAAUUUCUAUUUUGUGUUGAACUUUUUUUCAUAUUGAAAAAAUGCCAUUGCCCCAAGAGCCAAAAAUAAAUGGGAAUUGAAAAA